GACAUUUUUUUUUUCCCGAUUCUACGCUACCCCUCAAGAAUUAUUGGCCAGUAUUGUAUAUGUAUAUAUUAAGGCCUUGGCAUACCCAAUCCAGCCAAACGAGUUAAAUUCAUAUACGAAUCAAAUUUACGCCUCAACCAAAUCAAAUUCAAUUUUUGAAACCAGAUCGAAUUCAUGGAUCGGUUUUUGAAAAAUUAAAUUUACAAAAAUUUUAAUUCCCCCUGCCAUCUUACGGAAGCUUGAGAAAUAUCAGUACCAUUCCUAACCUAACUCUAAUGUAGUCGAUUAUGAUAAAAAUAAUAUUUUCGUUUUUUGCGAAAUAUACAAUUUACUUUUUAAAUAUUUAUAGCUUUGAAAAUUAUGCGAAAUACGCAAAAAACGUCAUUGAAAACAAUUGAUUAUUAUUAAAAUUUUAGAUCGGAAUUAUUUUAACGAUAUAUUUAUUGAUGUUAUUUUUUUACUAUGGAAGAGUUAUUAGAAAUUAAUAAUAAUGCAACCAAUAAAAUUUCUCCAGUUAUAUCAAAAACAGGUUUAGUUCUGAUUUCCAUCACAGGUGGCAUCGGUGUAGGACUAACUGUAAUAUGCAUCCCAUUUAUUAGUCCUGCAAUAAGAAAAAUAUGUUUGCCUUAUGUUCCUGCAACUAAUCAACAACUGCAAAAUGUUUUGCAAGCUUUGCGAGGAAAAUCAGGAUCCAUUGUUGAUUUGGGAAGCGGUGAUGGCCGUUUGGUUUUAGCAGCUGCGAAGAAUAAUUUUAGAGCUUAUGGUGUAGAGCUGAAUUUCUGGUUAGUGGCAUAUUCUAAACAUGUAGCUCGUCUUCAAGGACUGUCUGCAAGAGCUGUAUUUUAUAGACAAGAUCUUUGGAAAUUUGAUUUAAGUAAAUACGACAAUGUUGUAUUAUUUGGAGUAGAAUCUAUGAUGGAACAAAUCGAAAAUAAAUUUAUUAAGGAAUUGAAAAAUGAUUGUACAAUCAUCGUUUGCCGAUUUCCGUUACCAAACUUAGUACCUGUUAGAACUAUUGGAUAUGGAAUAGAUCGUGUUUGGAUUUAUAAAUUAUCAUAAAUUAAAAAUUAUGUGAAUUCGACAAUUGUUUUACUAUCCAUAUUUUAUGAUUAAAAAUGAUACAUAUUAUUUUA